AAUUCUUCCAUUCAACCCGUCAUUAGACUCGCUUCGAGAAAAUUCAGAGGAAAAAAAUGGGAGUUUCUCUUAAAGCGUAUUUGACUGUAAAUUUCGUUUUGGUUAUUAAAUUAAAUUAAAUCAAUGCAAACUACUUAGCAAGUUCCCACUUGACAAUCCUACAUAUACCCAACGAGGUUUGAGAAUCGUCUGAACUUUCACAAGACUCCGUCCUCUCUCUCUUUGUUUUUAGCUCUCUAGAUCCAUCCCCCUCUCUCUGUGCACACAGAAAGGCUGUUUGGUUUCUCUUUGUUUUCAAACCAAGACGAGCAUGGCAGAUGUUUUGACUGAAGAGCAGAUCGCUGAGUUCCAGGAAGCCUUCUGCCUUUUUGAUAAAGAUGGAGACGUAGGUUGUAUUACCAUAGAAGAAUUGGCGACAGUAAUCAGGUCACUUGAUCAGAAUCCGACUGAAGAAGAACUGCAAGAGAUGAUAAGUGAAGUGGAUGUGGAUGGAAAUGGGACCAUAGAAUUCGGAGAAUUCUUGGGUCUCAUGGCAAGAAAAAUGAAGGAGACUGACGCAGAAGAGGAGCUAAAAGAAGCUUUCAAAGUAUUUGACAAGGAUCAAAAUGGAUACAUAUCAGCUAAUGAGCUGAGACAUGUAAUGGUCAAUCUGGGGGAGAAACUGACAGAUGAGGAGGUAGAGCAGAUGAUUAAGGAAGCUGACUUGGAUGGUGAUGGCCAAGUUAAUUACGAUGAAUUCGUGAGGAUGAUGAUGGCUAUUUGAUCGAAAUUCUGAUCAAGAUCCAGAGCAGAUAAUCUCAACCACCACAAGAGAGAGAGAGAGAGAGAAUCCAGAUUGUGAAUAAUGUGGUGGUUAAGGCGAUCUAAUCAAUGUACUCAUUUGUUUUUAUUUUUCUUGAGUUUUGUAAAUCCCCAAAGCACUGAAAGCUACAGAAAACACAAUAAUCAACAACCAGAUAAUCACCUCAUUCUUUCUUUCAUCUGUAUGAAACAAACAGUUUCUCUUUUCCAACAAAGCAGAAGAAGGGAACAGCUGUCUCUCACCUUAUGUAUUUUUUUGUUUUUUGUUUUCUGUUUAUUGUAGUUGCAUUGAUUUCUUCCUCAGAUUUUCAAGGUGCUUCAUUUUUCUACCUUUUUGA